UCUCAGCAGUUUGCACGUGAUACAUAAGUUGUAUGUAAACAUGGGAUCGGAAUGAAGUGUUUUCGGUUUCGGAAAUAUAGUAUUAAAUUUAUUUUUAAUUGUGUUCAUUAUUGAAGUACUAAAAUAAUUGUUAAAAAAUAAUUUAAUGUGUUAGGAUGUAUAAUUGUCAUAGUUUGUAUAAAGUAUCUUAAAAUUUAAUAUAUCAAUUUCCCAAAUGUUUCGUGUGAGAAGGUUAUAAAAUAAAGUAGCGCAUGAUUUUAAUACUACAUACAGAAAAUGUGUGCUAUCAAAAUAAUUUAGAAAUAUUUUGAUGAAAUAAGAUGAAUACAUUUGAUGUUAAUGAAUUGUACAAGAUAUGGCUGAAAUUUUUAAGCACUACGAAGACUGAAGAAGGAGAUAUUUGGUUGGAUACUUUUCUGGCGAAAUAUUUAAGUUUUCUUUGUGAUUCCAGUGGUUUAAGCAGUAAUUCCUUUUGCUUCCAAUGGCGAAGUUCUGGAAAUAUCUUAGCUCACCAACUUCUCUCCGACAUGUAUCAAAUAUGCGAAAAAGUUAAAAGUUCUCCUGAAUUGCAGAGUUCCUCUGACGUGUCAGAUCCGUUUAAGCAAUAUCUUUUGGAAGGACGGGGAUGGAAAAUACUGUGGACUUUAGAAAAUAUUGGAAUACAAAAUUUGUUCUGUUUAAGAGAUUUAAUAAAGCUGUUGAUAUUGCAUGUGCCUGUUUUAAUGUCUCUUCCAUAUUGUUCUUCAACAAUUCCUGAAGCCUUACAAAGGAAGCCUAAGUAUAUGUCAAUUGAAUCUUGCUUCAUUUUCUCUCAGCGAAAUAGAGCUCACAAUAUAAGUUGGAAGUGGCCGAGUCACCUUAUUUUAAAGAAAAAGCAAAAUUUCCUCAGCAAGAAAAGGAAAAGAAGAAAAAAGUUCAAGCCAUCCGACAGAAACUCUAGUUCGGGCGAAGAUCAAAUUUUAUUCGAACCGGUAGCCAUUCCAGCCUCCCAGCUGAAAGCUUUGCAAAAAGUCAACCGCAUCAAUCCAUUGCAAAACAGUGUUUCUUCAGACUCUGGGGAGGAGAGCGAGCUUGAGUUGAAUUAUCCGCCCCAUUUUUCGUCUUACCACAUUUCAGUUGUAGAUUUCAUGCAUUUCAUGAUAAAUUUACUCCAAGAGAGCACUCUUCUUGAUCAAAAGAGCAGCGAGUAUGUCACCUGUGCUUCUCCUUUAAUAUUGGAAUUCUCUUUGAGUACUCUGAAAGACUUGUUCAAUGGUCGUUAUCAUUUUUAUGACUGGCCGAAAGGAAGUUUGCACAGCCUGCAGUCACACCUUCUGAAGCUGGUCUUCCUCUCUGCUGCGGUCACUAAUAACUCCUCAUCUUAUACUGGUGCUCUAGAGGAAAAUGAGGUUGUUUCAUCCCUGUUAUCAAUAUGUGAAACUGUAUCAUUUUUCCAAGAAGAGAAUAGUUUACAUUUUGUUUGUGAAACAUAUAAAGGUUGUUUGUUGCUAAUAUACAAUACAGUUGAAUUAUGUUGCUAUGAAUUUUCUAAAGUUAUUAAUGUGAUAUGGACAUUUGUAUCAAACUGCCAAAACUUCUACAAGCUCGUUUCAUAUUUGGCUAAAUUAAAUACGACAGAAUCAUUUGAAGAAAUAAGUGAUUUAGCAAACUUGGUUAAAGAUAUUAUAGUACUGAUGAAGAUUGAAAAAAUAGCAGUGGUUUGCGGUACUGAGAGAGAGGGGGCUUGGAAUCUAAUCCAUCAUCAUUUUGACAUAUUCGGCUCAUCCGCUAGCAGUUGUGUAAUUACGAAAGAACCGGUUUGUUCUGUUGCGAAGAUGAGUUCUAUUUUAUUGGAAUUGCUAUCACUACCUUUGUCUCAAAAUAUAUACUGUGAAGUGAUUAAAUUACUAAAAAUAUGCGGAAUAUGUUGCUGCAUUAACCCCGAUUACGUCACGAAAACUGUCUUCAGUAAAUUUAGCAACUAUGAAUAUGAAUCACAAAAUUUUAUUUUGAUCCUCGUUGAAAAGCAUUUGUAUCGUCAGUUAGGUCUCUUAUCAAAAAAUAAAUCUGAAUGUAUCUUUUGUACUAAAAGAGUCAACAAGAAUGAAUUUUCUCUUUCUGCAUUUGUUGAGAAAAUGCGCAAUUCCAUAUCCCAAGAGGAUAAAAUACAGCUUCUGAAUGCAGAACUAAGUGCAGGAUCACCCUUUUGGUCAUCCUUCGGAAUCUAUCGUGAUUUGUUGAAUCUUUCAGCUCCAGCUGAAGUUGUUGAAAACAUUUCUAGGCAUUUAGUUCGAAUAUUCUCUGAUGGUAUAUCUGAUUUGAGAAACCAACUUUUUUUGCGAGUCAUUUUACCUGAAGUUUGGAAUUCACUCAAAUUGUCUGGGCAAGACUUCUUUAGAAUUAAAAGUAAGUGCAUGUUAUCAAUUCUACAGCUUGCUCUUUGUGAUAAUUCUUUGGCUGCCAUAUUUGUUGGUUUUGGUGGCGUGAGGAUGCUCCAUCAGUUUAUCUUAUUGCCUGAAUUUAGGCGUGCCUCUUUAUUAGUGUUUAAAAUUUUAAUAUCAUCUGAAUGUGUAAAUGGAAUGGAAAUUGAUGAUGAAAAUAAAUCUGCAACUUUUUCACAAUAUCCAACUUCAAACACUUUUAGUCUAUUACUAUUAGAAAGAACUUCUAAUUUUCAUCAAAAGUUUGAAACAUUGCUCCAUUCUAAGUACAACAAAAACUUAUCAUCAUCAACAUCCUCAUUGUUUGAAGACACCACUGUGUUAGACAGCAGCAAUGUUGUUAUUAAUGAAGAAGAAAUCAGCAUUCUUUGUGAUCUAUGGAAAUGCUACCAAGAGAUUGCCUCCGAUUUGAGCAAUGAAUAUUUUUGCUUUGUUAUAAGUGAGAAAAGUUUUCGGUCUGGAUAUUGCAUGUUUUUUACUUUGUUAGAAAAUUUGAAUGUAGUUUUAACAGAACAAACUGUAGAGGAAAAACCUGCAAUAGCAAAAUAUUUGUUACUUUUGACUCAAAACCUACUAUCAGUCUGUGUCACAAAUAUGAGAGAGAAGUCUGAAAGAAUUUCAUUUCUGGAAGAAGUAAAGUUGGAUUUAAUAAAGCAUUUUCCUAAUUAUGUGAAACAUCUUGGACUACUCUUCAACUUUAUUUUAAAGUGCUGUUUUUCUACACCAUUCUUUGUUUCUACUUCUUCCCAUUUAAAGCUUCAAGAUGCAUUUGAUGUAAUUGAUGAUACAACUUCAUCUUCAGGAACUGAAACUCACUCCAAUGAAAGUUAUUGUGGUGACACAGAGGGAAGCAAUGGAAACUUAAACAAUAAGAAAGCAUUGUAUGAAAUGUCUUACCAAUGUGUCAUAGAACAUGCAGAGAUUGUUGCAAUUCUGAUAGAGCUUUUGAUUCAUUUUCAAAGUGAGCACUCUAAUGAAUGGUCUGAGUCGGCCCUACAUGUUAUGCAAGUUCUGAAAAAAAUGUGCCAAGAUUGCGAAUUUAAUCGAGUAGUUUUAUGCAAACAGGGAAUAUCAUCCUUAUUACUUCAAAGUUUGGGACUAUCGUUCAAAGACCUGCCCUGUGAUUCUAUAAAUUACCAGACAAUGACAAUGGAACUUUUUGUGAUUUUGUCAAAAUGCAGAAUUUCGGCUGCUGAUUUAGAGAUGCUCAUCAAUUUUUUCAAAUAUCCCCAUGCACCUCUGCCUCUGUUAUUGAAAAGUCUAAAUGACAUGGUAGAAGAUAUGAGCCCACAUCCAGUUUGGAGUGUCAGCUUUCCUAGCCCCAAAUUUUCUGAUUCGACUGAUCGGGUGAAAAAACGUCUUAAAAAGUGUUUCAAUAUUCAUUUGAAGAGUGUCUCUCCAUCUCCCUGGACUGAAGCUGCAAUGUGUUUUCCUCUAUCUGAAGAUACUAGAUGGAAUAAUGGCUUUACAAAAGGAUUUUGUUGCUCUCUUUGGCUGAAAAUUGAUUCCACCAAGGACUUGAAAAUGAGUACACCUAAGAUUUCUGAUGAAGAUUUAUGCAGAAGUGAGCUUCAUGUGAUAUCCUUUGGUUCUGACAAAUUUCUUUUGGAACUAUGGUAUAAUACUUGGGAUAAUGAUCUUAUCAUUAGAAUCAAUAGUUACAAUAAUGGAGAAAUGAUUUGCCUUUCCAAAGGAGUUUGUAAAUCUUUGUUCCAAAUGAAUAUGUGGCAUCACCUCACUUUGAAUUAUAUUGAGAGCUCACCUAAAUCAUUAAUCAAUUGCAGAGUGCAGAUUGUUGUGGAUGGCACUAAAGGAAAUAUAUUUAAUUUGUCUUUCAACAGAAUUGGAAAUACCACAACUGACUUUUAUGUAUUGCUUGGUCAUACCAAAGAUAAUCUUGAUGAUGAGACUCUGCCUUCUAAUUACUCAAUUGGAAGUUUUAUGCUUUUUAAAGGGGAUGUCCUAACGAGAGAGGUGAUUUUCUAUCUGGCAAGUUUGGGGCCGAAUUCAAUUAACAUUUCAAAAUGUGCAUUAUUAAAUCAAAACAUGUUUGUUCCCAAAGAGACACCAUCUUGGAGUAUGUCAUCUUUAGUUGACCUGGAUGUCAUUUUAGGCCUGAAAACUCCCUCGCUUGAACCACUUCAAAAUUCUUUAGUUUGCUGUUACACAGCUGAAAACAAAGAUUCCUAUUUGGUGUAUCCAGUGACUCCAAGGGGAUUUUUUCCUCUCCAAGUCUCUUUCUCUUCUGGUGGAAAUUCAAAGUUAACAUCAUUGCAAGAUGGAAUAUAUUCAAAAAUGCCAAUUGAAUUGCAAGUUCUUGUUUUUGGAAAAAUUUCUCAAAAAGAGUAUCGAACUCUUCAAAGUGCCAUUCUGCAAGCAGGUGGAUCUGCAAUAUUCUUGUUGUUGUUCGCCUAUGUAAGUUUAUAAAAACAUUUUUUAAAAAGAAUUUGC